AUGGCGGCCUCCUGGGCGGCCCCGCGCGGGGCUGUGCUGGGCGCCGCCAGGCGGCUCCUGCUGAGCUCCGGCCCGGCCCGGCGCCGCUUCCGCACUGCUGUAACCGACCAGGCAGAAGAUGAGAACUGCAUGGCAGAACCAGUGAACGUGGUGUUUGUAGACCGAUCCGGACGGAGGAUCCCCGUAAAAGGCAGAGUGGGAGAUGAUGUUCUGCGCUUGGCUCAAAGGAACAGCAUCGAACUGGAAGGAGCCUGUGAGGCAUCUCUGGCCUGCUCUACCUGUCAUGUCUAUGUGAGCCAUGAUUUUGUGGACAAGCUUCCCACCCCGGAUGAACGGGAGGAGGACAUGUUGGACAUGGCCCCCCUACUCCAGGAGAACUCCCGCCUGGGCUGCCAGAUCGUCCUCUGCAAAGAACUGGAGGGAGCGGAGUUCACCCUCCCCAAAAUCACCAGGAACUUUUACGUGGACGGACACAUCCCCAAGCCGCACUGAGGGGUCCGGAGACACG